UGGCUACCUCGAAUUGGUCCUGAUUCACGUGCGUCACACAGGCAACACGUUCCGGUGGUGAUACCCAGCAGAGCAACACAUCUCUUUCCAAAGGCUGCUGGUUGAAGAUUUGUUUUGCCGAGUUUCAAGCCUCCUUUCCGUGCGCCCUGACUUCCACGUCGUUGCGUAGACUUUUCUCCAGAGUUCACUGCUGGUCCAGCAUGGGGAAAAGAAGCCGACAGAGGCAGAAAAACCAGAAUGCUAGCAGAGACGACAGAGACAACGCUGGCUGGGGAGCAGGCUAUGCGGACAUCAUCAAGGAGAACAAGCUGUUUGAGGACUACUACAAGGAACAAGGCCUGAUCCCAGAGGGAGAGUUUGACCAGUUCAUGGAGGCCAUGAGGGAGCCGCUGCCCGCAACCAUCCGCAUCACUGGAUACAAGAGUCAUGCUAAGGAGAUCCUCCACUGUCUGAAGGAAAAGUACUUCAAAGAUAUUCAGGAGCUGGAAAUCGACAGCCAGAAGAUUGAAGCCCCACAGCCUCUCAGCUGGUAUCCCGAUGAGCAGGCCUGGCACACCAACAUGAGCAGGAAGCUCAUUAGGAAGUCUCCCCUGCUGGAGAAGUUUCAUCAGUUCCUGGUCAGCGAGACUGAAUCUGGUAACAUCAGCAGACAGGAAGCUGUCAGCAUGAUCCCUCCUCUGCUCCUGAAAAUCGAGUCCCACCACAAGAUCCUGGACAUGUGCGCCGCUCCCGGUUCAAAGACGGCUCAGCUGAUUGAGAUGCUUCACUCCGAUAUGGACGUGCCGUUUCCAGAGGGCUUUGUGAUUGCCAACGACGUGGACAACAAGCGCUGCUACCUGCUGGUGCAUCAGGCCAAGCGCCUCAACAGUCCGUGCAUCAUGGUGGUGAACCACGACGCCUCCUGCAUCCCCAUGCUGCAGAUCGACUCCGACGGCGGAAAGGACAUCCUGUUCUACGAUCGAGUCCUGUGCGACGUUCCCUGCAGCGGAGACGGAACCAUGAGGAAGAACAUAGACGUGUGGAAGAAAUGGACGACCAGCAACAGCCUGCACCUCCACGGGCUGCAGCUGCGCAUUGCGGUGCGUGGCGUUGAGCAGCUGGCUGUAGGGGGGAGGAUGGUGUACUCCACCUGUUCGCUCAACCCCAUAGAGGACGAAGCCAUCAUAGCGGCACUGCUGGAGAAGAGUGAAGGAGCGCUGGAGCUGGCGGACGCAUCCGCCGACCUGCCAGGACUCAAGUGGAUGCCCGGGGUUACUUCCUGGAAGCUGAUGACCAAGGAGGGCCAGUGGUUCUCGGAUUGGUCCGAGGUUCCGAGCAGCCGCCACACUCAGAUCCGUCCCACCAUGUUCCCACCCAAAGACCCGGAGAAGCUGGCCGGGUUGCACCUGGAGCGAUGCAUGAGGAUUCUGCCUCAUCACCAGAACACCGGAGGCUUCUUUGUGGCCGUGCUGGUGAAGAAAGCCCCCAUGCCGUGGAACAAAAGACACCCCAAGCUGAGGAAGAGCGCUCCGACCCAAACCGGAGGCUCGCUGGCAGCAGACGUCCCCCGUCUUCUCCCCGAAGGCUUGGCGGAGGAGACGGAGGACGGCGGCCCAGGAGGGAGAGGAGACGGGGAGACGGAAACCGCAGGAGCUCCUCUGGCUCAGGAGGCUGCUGGUAAACAAGAUGCUGUGUGUGGACCUCCACCAUCUAAAAAGCAGAAGCUGUUUGGCUAUAAAGAAGACCCGUUUGUGUUCCUGACUGAAGACGACCCAGUCUUCACCUCCAUACAAUCGUUCUACGAUCUGUCUCCUGACUUUCCCAAGCGCAACGUUCUCACCAGGACCCACGAGGGCAAGAAGAGACACCUGUACAUGGUGUCCAAAGAGCUGCGCAACGUUCUGCUCAACAACAGUGAGCGCAUGAAGGUCAUUAACACCGGGGUGAAGGUGUGGUCUCGCAACAGCGAUGGAGAGGAGUUUGGCUGUGCCUUCAGGCUGGCUCAGGAGGGCAUCUACACCCUUCAGCCUUACAUUCGCUCCAGGAUAAUCAGAGUGAGCGUGGAGGACAUCAAAGUGCUGCUGACGCAGGAGAACCCCUUCCUCAGCAAGCUGGAGGACGACGCGCACGCUCAGGCCAAGCAAAUGGGAAUGGGCAGCAUAGUGUUGAAGUACAUCCCAAACCCCAACAACCCCUCUGAGCCUCAGUGUCCCAUCCAGCUGUGCGGCUGGAGGGGAAAGACGUCCAUCCGAGCCUUCGUCCCGCGCAACGAGCGCUUCCACUACCUGCGACUGCUGGGCGUGGAGGUGUUCAGAGACAAGCAGGGCCUGGGGCAGAAGAGCAGGGACGGAGCCAAGGAGGAGGCGGCGGCAGCGACGAAGGCGGAACAAGAGGGAGAGUUGGAGAACGGUGAUGAAAACGGAUCACUGGAACCAAAGAUCGAGGGUGGGAACAAGGAGAGCAGCAGCAGCUGAAAGACACGAAGGCCGCCGUGACAGACUGAUGACUGAUUGGAGCUCUACGUGUCCAAAAGAGCAUAAUGUGCCUCUGGUCAACCACAAGACCAGCUUCAUCUCAGUUAUGAACUCCUCCUUUGGGAGGUUUCAUUUCAGCUCCCCUUCAGGAGUUAUAUUUUUAGUUCAAUGAUUUGUAUUAUUAUUAUUUUCUGUUCUUUUACCAAACAUAAUUCGCUGAUAAAGUGGUUGGUUUUUUUUCCCCUUCAUUCUGUUUUAGAUACCCACAAACUAAUGUAAUCAUAAGUUCAAAGUUGAUUAAAAAUGUUGAUAUGGUUAUAUUUAUUUAUUUUUCAUUUGCACAUUGAAAACUGGCAUUUGCACAAUCUCUAAUCCUACCAGCCUAAUAAAGGUGAAUUUCCAGCUGU